AUGGAAAGCGGGGAACUAGCAAAACGACUUUCCUUAUUAGAAGAUCAAAAAAACUUAUUAUUAGGUUGGAUUCGCGAAGAAGACUCUUCCUCAGUAGACUACGACAACGAAGAAACCGGAGAAAAAUUAACUCCUGUAAACAUGGUUCACGCCGAAGAUACGCUCGUCGAACGACAAAGUCUUUCAACUUUGGAGUUCAGAGUGCAUCAUUUGGAAAAAUCAAUCUUUGGAUAUGACACACGUUCCAACAAGGUUUUGGCGCAAGAAAGGUUAAAAGAACAGCUUACGUUGCUGAAACGGGUGGACGAAAUAAAGAAGGACUUUAAUGCUUUAAUUCGUGAUGGAGCGGAUGGAUUGAAAUCGUUUCUCGAGAUUUACGACCAGGUGUCGGACCUCGUAUCCCCUUUUAAAGACUCGGCACUUGCGAUGGAAAGAGCUAUCCUUACACCUGAAGCCAAGGCAGAAAUUAUUUGCUCGUCCGCUGAAGAGUUGAAGAUAGUGGCCGAAAAUUUGAAGCAAAUAAACGAGUUACAGGAUAUUAUUGAUGCGCCGGAAUUUAAGGGCCUUGAUAAACUCUUUCCUCAAAUCACACCCAUCGAAACAAAAAAUAUCGAUCAAGUUGCAAAGACCAACGAAGCAUCUGCCCGUAUAACACACCUAUUGGAUAGAUAUAAUGAUAUUGUUAACGUGCUUUCAGAAAUCUUCAUCUCUUGGGAUCACAUUCUUUCUACUCUUGAUGCUAACAUAUCGGCAUUGGAACGAGCCAAAGCAAGAG